UAAGGUUACUUGUUCGAUUCUAUUUUACAGAUUUUUUGAAGUUUGGUAAUUUAAACUUCAAAAAAUAUUAGUUAAAUAUUAUAGAUAGAUGCUGGGUGUUCACUGUUCGCCGAGUAGGUUAAUCGCCACAUCUGACGUAGGUAAUUUGUCUGACCUCCGCAUAAUUAAUAACAUAAUAUUAGCUUUGAUUUAUUUUUUAACUAUACUUACAGCCAAGUGGUCCUAGACAUCGGUGUUACCAACGAAUCACGGGGUCAAAUUAUACCAAAAUCAAUUUCAGAGAUGACACUAAUACGAUUUAUGAACAAACAAGCAAAGAAGGUCUACAGGAGGCAGUCCCGAAAGUGUCCAGUGUGCGUCAGUCUAGCUUGACCCACCGUCCGCGCCGGCCGCCGAGGAGUGCGCUUAUUGACGCAGCCCGGUUCGCGCCAAACAUCCGAACGAAGUUUUAACUUCUGGUUAGAACCACGUGUUGUAAUAAAGGUAGACUUUAUUGAAGUUAUAGUAGAAGUUAGUUAUUUGGAUAGUGCUAAUUAGCGAUUGACUUGUGACCGAUAGAGUAAACUUAUUUUAUUCGUUGAGUGCACGAGGUAGACGCAGACGAACACAGGCAUACAAGCAACGUCACGGUUGAACCGUCUAUAUAUAUAUAUUAUAAUAACGGAAAUGAAAACGCAUAAAUAUUAGCAAAAAAAAUCUUUGAUAAUGCAAACACCGUAAAGCCAAGUUGGAUUUGGAGACAAAUUCAAACAUGGACAUAACGACGUUAUCACCAGAGGACUUCACCGAGUAUAAUUUCCUCAAUGAGUCUCUUCACUUCGAGAACGGCACAUCCGAGCCAUGCGCCAGCCCACAAGUGGGGAAGAUAUUCAGUAUAAUUCUGAAGGUGGUGUACGUCACCGGUAUCCUCGGGAAUGGGAUUGCCAUCGUGUGCCUGAGGAAGGGAGAGAGGAGAGUGCGCAACAGAAAACAUCUGCUGCUGCUUACUUCUCUAGCGUGUAACGAUAUCGUUGCCUUGGUUGGAAUGAUGGCGUCGAUGGUGGUAGCCGAGACCAUUCCGUGGGUGAGGGCGACGCGUGCCUACUGCGCCAUACGUGUGGUUCUGCGUGUGUUCGGCAUCGGCAGCGUUUGUAUCGCCGUCACUAUGGCGUUGGAGCGGUACCUGGCGCUCACCAGGCCGUUUCUCUAUCAGAAGCAAGUGACAUACUACGUGAUCCGCACGGCUCUGCUCGUCGGCUGGUUUUGGGCAGCAGUGCUGACGUGCGCCCCGGUGCUAGGACUCGGUCUCUACUAUGACGAGAGCACCGGCGGCUGCAUGCGUUACCGCAACGCUGUCGAGACCACCGACGUUGUCUACGCCUGGAUAUACGUUACGUUCGGUGCCCUGCUAUGCGUGAUUCUCGUAUACUGCAACUUGGCGGUUAUCCGCGCGCUAUACGAGAUAAGCGCGCCUCGCGGGGCUCCUGUGAUGCGCCGAGUCUCCAAGAGCAGCUGUCGGCAGAGAGCCGCCGUGCCCGCCUCUGAAACCGGCCACCACAAUCCUGCCACAGCUGAGGAAGUCGCUUUUAGCAGACUUAUGGCGACACUGUCUGUACUGUUUAUGAUCUGCUGGAUGCCACAAAUGAUAACGUCAUCCCUAUACCUGUCUUUGAAUUCGCGCUACUGGCCACGUCUGGCGCCACUGGGGGCCAUCUCAGACCUGCUCAUGCUGCUCAACUACGUACUCGACCCCGUGCUCUACGUGCUAAUGCGCCGCUCGCGCCCUCGCUGCCUGCGAGCGCUGAGCCACGCUCUUGCGCAUUGUUUUAAGCGGAACCACAAGACAUCGACAGAGUCGAUAAAGACAUCGUGCUGCCCGCAGGAGACACUGCUGGUGAGCGAUAGCUCGGGCGCCGAGAUGAAGCCGCUGCGCGCUUUGCCGGCGUCCACUCCCGCGCACUUACUGGACUGACCGUGGAGCGACCGCCCUCUCUAGACACGGUCUAGUCAGGGGGCUCGCUCGAAGUCUACGAAGUUGACUAGUCCAUGAAGACGUCGAGCUUCUCGCUGGAGACACGUGGCAGCUCGGACACCGAGGUGAAGCAUCUACGUUCUCUAACGGCGCGCGAAGUUCAAGCUCGCGCACCUGUUCGAAACACCAGUGACAGGCCGCCAGGCGCGAUCUGGAGGGCUCAGUGUUUCUAAGACUGUGCUGAUAAUGAUUAAACUUGCUCGAAUGUGAACUUUACGCGAAUACGACGACAUGCGUAUGUGAAUAAUUGGACAAGGUAAUUUUAAGUAAAUUGAUAAGGUUGUUUGUCUCCUAAAGAGAACGGGAGCAUUUUAAGUCAUGAAAUAAGUUUACGCGGCUUAUAAUGAGACUAGGCUAAACGAUGUAAACUUAUACAUAUGUAAAACUUAGAAAAUAGGAUAGGCUACCAUAAAACACAAAAUAUACCAAAUGUACCUAAGAAGUCAGUUAAAAAAAAAUCAAGACUUCGUUCUUCUAGACAAAAAUAUCUAGAAUGAACCUGAAGACUAGAUAUAUAACAUGUCCACCCGUUCGCUCCAAGUUGGCCCUCGGCGAUCGUUACAUGAUUACGCUACAUGUACAAUUCGUAUGUAGUACUAUCAACAAAAAAUAAUUUCAGACUUUUUUUAUUUAAUAAUUUUUGUGAUUGUAUAAAAUGUAAGACGUAGAAGUAGCUGUAAAGAUAUGGUGGUAGCCGUGUGCAUAAGGCGUCAGAGGGAUAGGGAGUACUGGGAGUAGGGCCAAAAAGCGGACCAGGAGGUAACGGCCAACUUGAAACGCACGAGUAAGUAGUACAUAGUUUUUAUUCAAAGAUUCACUCGUAUGAAUAGUAACAGCUUGUGUGCAAUAAGAAAAUUAGGCUUUAUAUAUAGCGCUAACUUUGGGUACCGAUGUCCAUAGGGUGCUUAGCCAACGUGCCAAUCGUUAACGCUCCGUAGCGUACCUAGUCAUUUCUCUCUAUCACUCUUCCGGAUAAGUCCGACAGUGACAGUUUGCGUUUCGUUCCCUACGGAGCGUUAACGAUUGGCACGUUGGCUACGCACCCAGGAGGGAAGUUAACUAAAGUACUGUGUAUGAAAAAAACACUACUAGUCUCAAAUUGUACACUUAAUAAAUAUUACGUAUAGGUAUCUAGUUUUUCGGAUGGAUACGGUAUGAAUCCCUCAUACGUGCAUUAAUGUGCAAGUACUUAACUGCUAACAUCCGCACAGAACGAAAGACCGUGUAUAUAAAACAAAUGCGUAAAAGUAAUAAAUUUUUAUGUACAUAAGAGGAACCAACUAAUAGUUUAAGCAAAGAAUAGAACAUUACGACACAUGUGCGAAAAAUAUGAAAUUCGAAACCAGUGGCAUUAAAACACGAUCCAAGGGAGUGUUUUAAAUCGACACGAGUUGCGAAUUACCUAUUCGCACAUGUACUUAUAGUACAGUCAGCAUCAAAAGUAGCGGAUCAAACAGGGCUUCAAAAAUAUCUACCAUUCUGUAACAGCUUAAUAAACAGUGAAGGUUCUAUAUUUACAACAAUUUAUACUGUAAAAGAUACACUUUUGAACGUGAAUUUUAGAGAUUUAUCUAUAUUUGGAAAAGUUGUCACGGUCACGGAUGUCAGAUACUUUUGGUGCCUUGUUUCAUCCGCUACUAUUGAUGCUGACUGUAAAACGUUUUACAGUACAUUACAUAUGGCCUUUUAAAUUUUCGACAUAGUUGCGUAAUGUGCUAAUUAUCGCACUAUGCUAUUAUGCCCGAAAUUCAAUAAUUGUAUAAUAUGAGCAUUUGUGUAAGUAAUUAAUAAUCAUGUAACUUUAAUUGAUGUGUUAAAUAGGUAUAGCGAUAUAAAUUAAUGCUCCUAAGAAAAAAGUUACCAGAAUGUUUCAUAAUAAUUACAGGUAUUCUACCUACAAAACGUACGCUUAGUAAGUAACAAAUAGUACCUAAUGUAGUUACAUGUACCUAAAUUUGAUUCAAGAGUAGGUAAUAGUAUAGAAAACAAUCCCUACUAAUAUUGUAAAUGCGAAAGUUACUUUGUGUGUUACUUCUUCACGCUUAAACCGCUGAACCGGACGAGAUGAAAUUUGGGGUCUAUUUAUUUGUUAGUCUUUAUUGUACGAUCUUGGAGGAUUUAACAACUGGAGACGCCUUGUCUGUAAUUUUCUGUACAAAACAGCCGAUUUUUGCGGGGGAGGGGCACGUUAGAUAAACGUCGGUCCAUACAAUACAUAUGACUAUUGGCCGAGGUUUUCGACAGAGGGGUAAGCUCUUAAAGGAGACUCCGGUUAUUUUUAUGGGCAAGAAAAUUGAUUCUUUAGCAAUUUGCGGUUCAAGUAAAUUUAGUUGUACAAUGUAAGUACAUACUUAUACUAAAAGCAAUGCAAUGUAAAGUGAACCGUAAACUGCUGAGGAAUCAAUUUCCUCGACCGCACAAAAGAAAACCUUAUAGAGCAAAAGCGAACUUAAAAACUUAAUGCCAUAAGGUAUUCGAACCGGUCAUCCUCAAGACAAAGCAGAGAGAAUGUGGGCAAUGCAACUUCAACAAUACCUAUGUAUGGUAUGGUGAUAGUUUGAGGUUCGGAGAUAGUUAAUUCCUUAAGUAAGUAAAUAGUUUUUUCAUCAAUCAUCAUCGUCAUCAUCAUUUGAUGCAGACGAAGUUGCGGGUUGAAGCUAGUAUGUAGAUAAAGCAUAGUUCAUAUAGAAUUGGCACAUAAUUAGCAAUGUUUAAAAAAUAAUAAUUCCAUGGCGGGAAAAUUGACAAUUACAGUUCAAUCACCAACCUUCAAAGUAUUAAUGGUGAAAAUAUUAUUUUCCUAGCUUUAUGCAUUUUAAAGUUUUCGGCCAUCAAAAUUGAGAACAGGAGAUUGAUCGUGCACAAAUACUUCGAAAAUUCUUAUCGAUCCCGGACCAAGACAGCUAAGUCGCUUAAGAUGCUAAAAGCUAGUAUUUGUAGGGUCAUAAAACGUUACAAGGAGACUCUAUCAGCCGACAGGAAAACACAAACUAAUCGGAGGUCUGGGACAAAUAACAAGAUUUUGGGAAAAAAGUCCUAAGGUCACUCAAACAAAAUUCAGGACGGUCUAAUUACGAUUUAUCCCAAAAAUUCAAAGAAACUUCUAGAGAGAUAAAGAUGAUUCACCUCAGAGGUGGCUAUAAGAGCUAUCGAUCAAUAAAACAGCCAAAUCGGACUGUUAAACAGAUCCGACAAGCUAAAACACUAGCUCGACUAUUGUACGACCCAGUAUUGACAAAAUUCGAAGGUUGCUUGUUGUUGGACGACAAGACGUAUGUAAAACUCGAUUUUAAUCAACUACUCGGUUCGAAGUUUUAUAUGGCCAAUAAUAGAGGUAAUUUACCCGAAUAAUAUAAGUUCGUGAAACUUGACAAGUUCGCCAAAAAACAUAAGAUAUAGCAAGGAAUUUAUAAUUUCGGCUGUAAGAGAAAAGUUUUAUAACAUAGUCAACAAUGAAGUCGGACCUUUAUAUUAAAGAGUGCUUAGAGAAAUGAGUAUUGGUAUUUAUUAGAACCCAUAACGGUCCUGUGAAAUGUUGGCCAGAUUUAGCCAGCUGCCACUACCCAAAAAAAGUUUUGGUAUGGUAUGCUAAUAAUCAGGCCAAUUACAUACCCCGCGAGAUGAAUCCUUCGAAUUGUUCCCAAUUUCAAUCUAUCAAAAACUACUGGGCAAUCAUGAAAAAAAAUUAAAUAAGACUAGUCAAAUUGUCCAGGGUAUCAAUUCAUUGCGAUCUACAAGAAAUCAAUACGCCAAAAAUGUCGACAAAAGUGUUGUUCAGAAAAUGACGGGGGUCCAUUAUGAAAACAGUUCGUAAUUAUUUACAUAACAGAGUUUAUUUAUUUAUUUAUACAUAUUUGAAAGCUAAAUACAUUACUAUUUAAAAUUCACCAUUCAUAACUUUCUUAUUUUAUUAACUUAAAAAAAUAACAAUCUUCUAGUGCGUACCAAUUCUAUAUGAACUAUGCUUUAGUUGAGUAGGGUAUUUAUGUAUACAGGGAUGAUGAUUAUUCGAUUAAUUCUAUGUUUUUCCAAAUUUAUUCCUGUUUAUUCCAAACAGUUUUUUUUAACUCUUUACUAUAUGUCAUUCACAAAAAUAAGUACAUAUAAGCUAAUUGAACAAAACAGUAUUGGUGUGUGUAUUAUGUAUAUUACCUAUAGUAUUGAUGUCACCCAGAGGGCCUACAGCGAAAAACGUAAAUCUAAAUUUCUUAUCUGCCUUUCUAUCGCUUUAAUUUGCAAAAUCUAUAGAGGCAGAUAACGAAAUUACGAUUAUUAUAGGCCUCAAGCUUUUGCCGGGCUUACAUUACUUAGGCUUUAGAUAUCUACUUGCAGUAUUAAGAGAGGUAUGGGCAAUGUGAAUGUAAUCUCGCCUUGUGUGGUAGGGCACAGCACAGCAGAUGUCAUUCCAGAUCUAGAGCAGAGCCCAACUGGGGAAGUACCUCCACCUUACAGAAAACCGCAGCCAAGUAGUGUUCCUGCCGGUGAAUAAGGUUGCCAGAGCUCAACGAGGGGGGUGGGGUUAGGGUCGGCAACGCGCAUGUAACUCCUCUGGAGUUGCAGGUGUACAUAGGCUACGGAGACUGCUUACCAUCAGGCAGGCCGUAUGCUUGUUUGCCACCGACGACGUAGUAUAAAAAAGUUAGAAAAGAUUUCGACGCAAAGCUAAUUUAUUCGUUAAAAAAAUGUAUCAAAGAAUACCUACCUGAUUUGCACAAUGCACUUUUUGUUUUGAUACUUGAUUACGUUUUGUUCAUCUCGUCGCAUUCUUCGAUAUAACAAACGAAAGCGACGCAGCGAAGUAAGUAACGCAAUAACAAACCAUGAAACGAGGUGUAGGAUUUUUGUUAUUUGUACCUAUUUGGUUACAUUAGAUACUAAUUACUAAAUGUAUAGCCUUCACGAAGAAUCUCAAUAAAUACACCGAAAUUCUAUAACUAUAUAUUUUGUAAAAAAAAUUAUAAAAUAGGUUUAGUAUAUCUAAUUAUCCUAGAAUUAAAUUAAAGCACAUAUCAUAAAAUUUGA